UGGCUAAUGUGAAAGACCACGCAGAAGCUAUGGAGUUGCUUUUUUGUACUUGACAAAAGUGCAUGGCUAGAAGACAGGGAUUCCCGGCUGGGAGGAGGGAGGAGAGCUGAAGAUCCCUGCCUGGGCUGGCUGAUCUAAGCAGUCAAAGUGGGAGCUGAGUGCUUGAAAGAGGAUUAUGCUCGCACUAGAAAUAAGCAGUAAGUGAGCGAAUAACCGUGAUGGUUUAAGAAAGGUUUAAUCCCCCUGGGGUUGUGGGUAAACUAGAAAAUAUAGCUUAAUGCUAGAGUAAGACUGUGAGAAUUCUGACUCUGUGUAUAGUUGUGUGCUGUUUAGAGAGGAGGGAUUUAAGUGCAGAAUCAGAGCUCUAAAUUCCUCCUCCCACUUUUGGAAAAUGCCAACAUAAUAGUUGGGGAUAUAAUCUCCUUCCCUGACUUAAUUUCUUUCCAGGAAAAUGUACUACUAAAUCAGAUAAGGAGUUGGGAUUAAAUUGGAAAGGUGGAAUUUGCUAUUGGCAGAAAUUGCAAUCUUGAAUUAUGUUCUGUGAAUGCUGAAGCUUUAUAUCAAUUAGCAGUGAUUUGCUAAUCUCAAGAAAAUCUGGAGUGGGGCCUUAAAAAGGGAAAACUAAGAGCUUUUAUGACAAAGAGGCUGAGUAGUCCAUAUGUGUGGGAUGAAAUAGAAAAACGUAUAUAAUUAAUAAUAGAGUUUUUGUAAAGCAUUAAGCUAGAACAGCAGUCAGGGAACAUAGAAGUUCCCUGGAUAAAAAUUACUUAGAAAAGAAGAAAUUUUUGUUUCAAUGACUUCUUUUGCUAGCCAAAAUUUUCACAAUGUUUACAAAGUCAAGACAAUGAUACAGAGAUACUUCAAUUAUUGUCAUACAUUAUAAAUACUGUUGCUGGGCAAGAUCUGUGGUUCUCUGGUCAGCAAGUUCUGGCAAUGAAGCCACUGCCGCUGGUGCAAAGAAUUCUGGGAUGUCUGACAGUAAAAUGGAUGGAAGGACCCACAUUCCAUCUCUACUUAAUGUCCUUAUGUCCAGAAAUCGGGUCAUGCAAAUGAGCUACUUGAAAAGUAAAGAAAAAGGAUAUGGAAAACUAAGCAGUGAUGAAGACCUCGAAAUAAUUGUUGAUCAAAAGCAGGGAAAAGGCUCUAGGGCGGCAGAUAAGGCUGUUGCCAUGGUGAUGAAGGAGAUACCGAGGGAGGAGUCUGCUGAAGAAAAGCCCCUCCUUACUAUGACAUCACAGCUGGUGAAUGAACAGCAAGAAAGCAGACCCCUCUUGAGUCCCUCCAUCGAUGACUUUCUCUGUGAAACCAAAUCGGAGGCAAUAGCAAGGCCAGUAACGUCCAACACAGCUGUAUUGACCACAGGUUUAGAUCUCCUCGACCUGAGUGAACCCAUCUCUCAAACCCCAACCAAAGGCAAGAAGUUGGAGGCCUCAUCGAAAACUUCAUCCCUCAAGAAAAAGGCUGAUGGAUCUGACCUCAUCGGUGGGGAUGCUGAGCAGAGAGGCCCGCCUCUCCGAGGCCCGGAGACGUCAUCCUUAGACUUAGACAUUCAAACACAACUGGAAAAAUGGGAGGAUGUUAAAUUUCGUGAUCGAGCUAGCAAGGGUCAUCCAAUGGCAGAGAGAAAAUCGUGCUCGUCUAGAACUGGAUCCAAAGAACUCUUAUGGUCCUCAGAACACAGGUCUCAACCAGAACUAAGUGGUGGGAAAAGCGCCCUGAACUCGGAGUCGGCUUCGGAGUUGGAAUUAGUGCCUCCAGCACAGGCGCGACUGACCAAAGAACAGCGCUGGGGAAGUGCAUUACUUUCCAGAAACCACUCCUUAGAAGAAGAAUUUGAAAGGGCAAAAGCAGCAGUGGAGUCAGAUACAGAGUUUUGGGAUAAGAUGCAAGCGGAAUGGGAAGAAAUGGCCCGGAGGAACUGGAUAUCCGAGAACCAAGAAGCCCAAAAUCAAGUUACAAUCUCAGCUAGCGAGAAGGGAUAUUACUUCCACACUGAAAACCCCUUCAAGGACUGGCCUGGCGCCUUUGAAGAAGGCUUGAAAAGGCUGAAGGAAGGGGACCUGCCAGUCACCAUCCUGUUCAUGGAAGCAGCAAUUCUUCAGGACCCUGGAGAUGCAGAGGCAUGGCAAUUCCUCGGGAUAACCCAGGCAGAGAAUGAAAAUGAACAAGCAGCUAUUGUCGCCCUCCAGAGGUGCUUAGACUUGCAGCCCAACAACUUGAAAGCUUUGAUGGCUUUGGCUGUGAGUUACACUAACACUGGCCAUCAGCAGGAUGCCUGCGAAUCUCUAAAGAAUUGGAUUAAGCAAAAUCCAAAGUACAAAUACCUAGUGAAGAGCAAGAAGGGAUCUCCAGGCCUUACCCGGCGGAUGUCUAAGUCUCCAGUUGAUAGCGCUGUUCUGGAAGGAGUGAAAGAGUUAUACCUGGAAGCUGCCCACCAAAAUGGAGAUGUGAUCGACCCAGACCUACAGACCGGUCUAGGGGUACUGUUCCACCUGAGCGGAGAAUUUAACAGAGCAAUAGAUGCAUUUAAUGCUGCCUUAACUGUUCGGCCAGAGGAUUACUCAUUAUGGAACCGUCUCGGGGCAACCUUGGCGAAUGGAGACCGCAGCGAGGAAGCCGUGGAGGCUUACACGCGAGCGCUGGAGAUCCAGCCAGGCUUCAUCCGAUCCAGAUACAAUCUGGGGAUAAGCUGCAUCAACCUGGGCGCCUACAGAGAAGCCGUCAGCAAUUUUCUCACUGCCCUCAGUCUACAAAGAAAGAGCCGGAAUCAACAGCAAGUUCCUCAUCCUGCCAUCUCCGGGAACAUCUGGGCUGCCCUCAGAAUUGCGCUUUCUCUGAUGGACCAACCGGAACUCUUCCAGGCAGCUAAUCUUGGCGACCUGGAUGUCCUCCUAAGAGCUUUCAACUUGGAUCCUUGAAGGAAAAGAAAAAAAUAAAAAAUACUAAUCCCUUGUCUGUAUAAUUAUACUGAGAAAUGCAAAACUAUUUCAUGAAUUCCAAAAAGGUUAAACCAGAUGUUCAAAAGGCCGUGGUGGUACAACCCAGGGGAAUUCCUACAGACAAUGCCCAGUAUCUGUUCGGCUCCAAAAGCACAAAAUGUUAUAUAAAGAGUCAAGGCCAGGCUUGAAAGAAGACUGGAGAGGCUGAAGACGAACCAAGAUAACGUGACUGUAUGUGAAUACUCAUUUCACAAGCUGCAAGCACAUUACAAAACAUAUUCUUUGGGUUUUUUUUGUCCCCACUUGCAGCUAAUGACAUCUAAGAAACUUGCUCAUUGGACACCUGGAAGCACUGCCUGAGAUCAGGGAAUUUGACUAUUUCUGAACUGUCCCCUGAAAUUCUCCCUUUUACAGGAUUGAACAUAGUUUGGGCCAAGGUGCAUGCACAAAUAUUAACUAAAGAGAGGCAUUGCUUAAAUCUGUUCCAAUUUUAACUUUUACUGUAGCUUUUUGAUUCCAGAGAAGGAGCUUUGCUGGCAAAAGCAGUUUUUGCACUAGAAAUUUUUGCUGUUCCCAAUCAAAACUUUUCUGGGACUGUAUAUAUGCACUUUAAUCUUUAUGCCUUGCUGGAGUUUUGCGGCUCCAAUUUUUAACUUGGGGGUGAAAGAUUUGAGAACUCAGCCUUGUUAGAUCAAUGGACCAAAUAAAAAUUCCUGAAAAUAGUUUUCAUAGUGUAGGGUUUUGAAGGAGUGUUUUUCUUAAAGCAGAUAUGGCAUAGGGUAUAAAUGUGUCAGAUCUUAUUCACGUGUUUUCUGGGACUGUCUGAACUUAAGCAAAAGAUAAGGUAUCAUCUCUUCAUGCAUUCUCUGCAGGGCGAAAGUUGGAUGAUAACCGUGAUUUCUAUUGAGUUAACAUUAACUUGCUUAAAUGUCAUAUUUUACUUGCUUUCAAACUGCCCUGCACACCAAUAUUUCCUUUAAACUAUUAAUAUUUUAAAUACUAUUCCUUAAGAGUGAUAAAUACAUUUUUCCUAAAAAGUAUGUGUUUUCUUAGUUCCGUAAUAAUCUGCACAGCUCACCCUCUUGCAUUCUAAGUGAUAAAGGUCAGCAUAUUCUAACUGAAUCUCAUUGAACGUCAUUGGUUUCAUAGGACAGACACAUGCCCAUUUGGCUCUCAUUUUGAACAUUUAUCAAGUAUCAGAAGUUCCUGUUGGCAGUGGUGUUUUAUUUCACUGGUUAUAUUCCAGUCAAUUCUUCAGUGAUUUGUGCCUGUUAGGGGGCUCAGUGAUUAUUUGGAAAGACAUCGUUUUCUCAAGGAUUAGAAAAAUUGUCUGCAAAAUGCUAACCAAAAUAUAAUUUCACCAAUAUCCAAUUCUAGUAAUUUAUCCUAGCAAGUUGUCCAUUCUUCUUCAUCUUGUCUCCUUCCUGCCUCCAGAAUCUUCUCCAAAGCCAACUGAUCCUGACUUUUCUUCAUGUUCUUUGGUUAGAAAUAGCUGGUUAUAUUCAUAGUUACCAAGGAAAACAGCAUUUAAGUUGAGACAGUUUAAUUCGCCGGGGACUUAGCUUCUCCUAUGGGGGUGGAGGGGGGAUGUGCAUAUACACUGGUGCAGUGCAGGCGGAAACUGUCUCCUCUGUUACGUUUGAAGUCCCUGGGAUAGGAAGGGGCCACAAGUAAACAUGAAACCACAGAUCCUUGAGGCUUACGUAUAUUCUACCGUAUUCUAGUUUAUAAAGACAAAGAGCUGAAGGCAUGGUGCUGAAAGCUUUGUUAUUCCCUGUCAAAGCUCACUUGGGCAAGGUGAUGCCUCCAGCCAGACAGCAGGAGGCAAAGACAUCCAGGCCUUCACCACCAGGCAGCAGUGACGAACCAGUCAUGGUCCACUUCCCUGCAGCUCCAGGAGCAAAGUGAAGCUCAACAGUGUUUUCAAGAACCGUGUUCUUUAGCAUUUUAGAAUCCUAGAAACUUGGUCUUAAAAGGACUCUUGCAACCCAUGGGAGCUGCCUGUUUGAAUAUCCCUGCUAGAACAGCAUCUGUUCUCAGCGUGUUCCUUCUCCCUCCCUGCCCCUGUGCCUUCACUAGCUGGCCAGCUGACGUGCAUUCAUCACAGUCCAUGAGGAGCCUCUACACAGAGGAUUCAAAGCAACCUUUACAGCGGUUCUGUUUAUGAUGCCAAUCUAUACUUCCAACAGUCACAGCAUUUGCAGUAAUAAUAAUGAUAGUUUUCUGAGCUUUGCUGCCACUACCUACCUGAAGGCAGUAACAAUUUAAAGCCCCAGAGUAGGGUAAAUGUGCAAUAGUUUGAUUUAAUUUCAUUGUUGUUAAGCAGUGGUCAAUUGGGGGCCCAAGUUUUAUUUUGCUGUUUGAAUACAAAGUAACUGCAAACUCCAAGGAGUUGUUUCAGGGGAGAGUAAACAAUUUUCCAUUCCCAUCAUAAUUUGGUAAUUUGCAGAGCGUUUGGUAGACUUUAUUUAAUAUAUCUAGUGUCCAUACGAACCAAGAUUUGCAUAGGCUGUUUCCUGUCAGGAAGUGCAGAAUUGUUGCCCAAGAUAUUUUUCAAUAUUUUUAAUACAAUUAAGUUAAUACAAAAAGGCAAAUGAAAGUUUAUAGAAAUCAGAGCACUGCCAAAAAUUAAGUAGCAAGAUUAGAAGAGUCUUUAUACAUCUUUUUUUUUUUAAAGAUUUUAUUGGGGAAGGGGAACAGGACUUUAUUGGGGAACAGUGUGUACUUCUGGGACUUUUUUU